AUGGCGAUGCCCCUGCAAGAAGCCCUGUGGCCGUCCUGCGUGGAGGCCUUCUUGGAGGCGCGCACGGCGCGAGGAUUGGACUCGGCGCUGCGAGCCUGUGUCAAGGGGCGGCAGUGGCGGGUGGUGCUACAGCUCUUGAACGACUUGCCGCAAGCAAGGCUGCCAUUGAACGCGGUGCGCUGCACCGCGGGCAUCAGCUCCUGCGCAAGAGCCCAAGAAUGGCAGCGGUCCCUGGAGCUUCUCUCACUGCUUCGUGCUUCGGAGGCCCCAGAUCAGAUCGCCCUCAAUGCAGCUAUUUCCGCCUGCGAGAAGGGUGGCGCAUGGGCCCAUGGCCUUCAGCUGCUCUCGGAGAUGGGCGAUUUAAGGGCAGAUCCCGACGUGUACAGCCUGAGCUCCGCGAUCAGUGCGUGUGAGAAGGCCGGCAAGUGGCAGAUGGCUCUUCACCUGUUGUUUGGCGCCUCUCCUGCGUACUCCGUCGCCCCAAACCAAGUCAGCUUCAAUGCAGCGCUGAGCGCUUGUGGAAGGGAGGCUUGCUGGGAGAUGGCGCUGCGACUGUUGGAGACAAUGGCUUCCUGGUUGUGUAGGCCUGACGGUGUGACCUUCAAUGCUUCCAUCAGUGCCUGUGAGAAGGGGGGUCAGUGGCAAGUGGCGCUGCAGCUGUUGCAGAGCAUGAAUUUGGCCCAGGUCCUUCAAGAUGUUAUCAGCCUGGACGCGGCGAUCAGUUCCUGUGAGAAGUGCUCACAAUGGCAGAAAGCUCUGCAGUUGCUUCGGAGUAUGCCUGGCGCACGGCUACUGCCGAAUGUGAUUAGCUUCAAUGCUGCUCUCAGUGCCUGUGAGAAGUCUUCCCAGUGGACCAGAGCACUUCAGCUUUUCUCCAGCAUGUCAUCAGACGCCCUGGCUCCUGAUGUAAUCACUUUCAACAGUUGCAUGAGUGCCUGUGGGAAUGACUCACAGUGGCAGCUGUCGCUGUACUUGCUCUCCCACAUGCACCGUUCCCAGAUCUCUCCAGACGCCAUAAGCAUAAACGCCUGCAUCAGCGCUUGUGGGAAUGGCUUGCAAUGGCAGCUGGCUUUCCACCUGCUCUGGUCAAGCCCUGCGCCAGACGAAGUCAGCUGCUGUGCCGCCAUCAGCGCCUGUGAAAAAGCAUUGCAGUGGCAAAUGGCUCUGGCCCUGCUGCUGACAAUGCUCGUGGCUCGGGUUGCCACCUCAAUCGCUUUCAACGCGGCCAUCAGCUCAUGCGAGAAGUCCUCGCAGUGGCAAUCGGCCCUGUGCCUCUUUGCGGACAUGCCGGCAACUCUGGCCCGGCCCAAUGUGAUUAGCUUCAAUGCAACCAUCUCCUCCUGCGAGAAGUCCUCGCUGUGGCAGGAAGCGGUUGAGCUUUUCGCAGCUAUGGGGCUCAGUGGCGUGACGCCCAGUCUCAUCUCCUUCAACGCAGUUCUCAGCUCUGCAGAGAAGGGCAGUCGCUGGGAGGUGGCGGUGGACAUGUUCGGGCACAUGGAAGAGUCUGCUGUGGAUCCGGACACAAUCAGCUGCAACGCUUCGAUGGCUGCCUGCAGCAAGGGGCUGCAAUGGCAGAUGGCUCUUUCACUUCUUUCCAGCAUGCCCAUUCUCGGACUCCGGCCCUCCUCGGCCAGCUUGGCCGCAGCCGUGGGAGGUUGCGAGGUCUGCGGUCGGCCUUUCCCUGCUCUCCUUCUGUCGAAUUUAGGGUUUAGGGUUAAGGGUUAA